GGGACGCGCAGGCGCUGCGCAGACGCACAGCCCGUAAGAGCCGCGGCAGCCGCCGCCUCCUCGCGCGUUGUUGAGUUCCGUCUCUCUCUUUUCUUUUCCUUCCCGUCGCCAAGAUGGCGGAGUACGACCUGACCACCAAGAUCGCGCACUUCUUGGACCGGCACUUGGUCUUCCCGCUGCUGGAGUUCCUCUCCGUCAAGGAGAUAUACAAUGAGAAAGAGCUACUCCAAGGAAAACUGGAUCUCCUUAGUGAUACCAACAUGGUGGAUUUUGCUAUGGAUGUGUACAAAAAUCUUUAUUCCGAUGAAAUUCCACAUGCUCUGCGUGAGAAGAGAACAACUGUUGUUGCACAGCUGAAGCAGCUUCAAGCUGAAACUGAACCAAUUGUCAAGAUGUUUGAGGAUCCAGAGACUACAAGGCAGAUGCAGUCCACUAGGGAUGGUCGGAUGCUUUUUGACUAUUUAGCUGAGAAGCAUGGUUUUAGGCAGGAGUACCUAGAUACACUCUACAGGUAUGCAAAAUUCCAGUAUGAAUGUGGCAAUUACUCAGGAGCUGCAGAGUAUCUCUACUUCUUUAGGGUUCUGGUUCCAGCAACAGACAGAAAUGCUUUGAGUUCUCUGUGGGGAAAACUAGCAUCUGAAAUUCUGAUGCAGAAUUGGGAUGCAGCCAUGGAAGAUCUCACAAGACUAAAGGAGACAAUAGAUAAUAAUUCUGUCAGUUCUCCGCUGCAGUCUCUUCAGCAAAGAACAUGGCUCAUCCACUGGUCUUUGUUCGUGUUUUUUAAUCAUCCUAAAGGAAGAGACAAUAUCAUUGACCUUUUUCUUUAUCAACCACAGUAUCUCAAUGCAAUUCAGACAAUGUGCCCGCAUAUCCUCAGAUAUCUGACUACCGCAGUCAUAACAAACAAGGAUGUUCGAAAACGUAGACAAGUGCUGAAAGAUCUAGUCAAGGUUAUUCAGCAGGAGUCCUACACAUACAGGGACCCUAUCACAGAGUUUGUGGAAUGUUUGUACGUUAAUUUUGAUUUUGAUGGUGCGCAGAAGAAGCUGAGAGAGUGUGAAACAGUGCUUGUGAAUGAUUUCUUCUUAGUGGCAUGCCUUGAGGACUUCAUUGAGAAUGCCCGUCUCUUUAUAUUUGAGACUUUUUGUCGCAUCCAUCAAUGUAUCAGCAUUGGUAUGUUGGCAGAUAAACUAAAUAUGACUCCUGAAGAAGCAGAAAGAUGGAUUGUCAAUCUAAUUCGAAAUGCACGAUUAGAUGCCAAAUUGGAUUCUAAGCUGGGCCAUGUAGUCAUGGGCAACAAUGCAGUCUCUCCUUAUCAACAAGUGAUUGAAAAGACCAAAAGCCUGUCUUUUCGUAGUCAAAUGUUGGCUAUGAACAUUGAGAAGAAAUUGAAUCAGAGUGGUAGAUCUGAGGCACCCAACUGGGCUACUCAAGACUCUGGCUUCUACUGAAAUACUUCUGCAGAAGGGGGGCGGGAAAUCAGUUUUCAUUUGACUAAAAGCACAUUAAUAUGUAACCCUUUUGAGAAAAGGUAAUUAUGUGUUCCAUCUAACAUUAUUUGAAUAAAAUUGGUUAAUUUUAACAGUCUGUGCAUCUCUAACUUAUAGUUAGAUAUUUUAUUAUGUUGUAUAGGGGCUUUUUAGCAUAAUGAUGUUCUUAAACAUUUUGGAUCACAGUUUGCAAAAUCUAAAAUGUCAGUUCUACUAGAUUUGUUUGUACAAAAGGAUGAUAUUGCUUUUGGAGCUGUCUGAAUUUGGAAGUGGGGAAUUAUAGCUAUUUAUUGUCUAUUGCAAAUGUCACACACAAAGUGGAUGGUACAAACAAAUGGUUCCCCGAUGAACAUUCGGCCAAACCAAAGUCUUUUUCUGCACUUCCAUGUUUUUGUUUGUCACAGAAGCAGCUUGGUAGAGUGAAGGCAUAUGUAGCCUACACCUUUUAUGAAACCUAAGGUAGUCUUCAUGCACAAUAAUUUAGGUGGAUCUGUGUGUUCAUGCUUCAGAAUUUUUACUGUUCUAAAUCUCGUUUUUAAUCUUGCCCAGUCUCGGAAAGCUUCUGGAGUAGAGCUUUUUGUUCCAGUGGGGAAAAAAAAAGUCUUUCAAAAGGUCUGGCUAAUGAGCUGGGUAUGGUUUAAAACUUUUUGUUUGAAGUAUGAACUUAGUAAGAUUCAUGAUGCAAACAUGAAGCAACAAAACCCUGUGUUGUUCAACUAUUGUAAUUUGAAGGGUUUUAAAGUUUCUGGGGGUUUUUAGCCAGUUUUUCACACUCCCCUGGGUUUUCUUAACACCUUAGCACCUCUAAGCCAGAAAAUCCAAGAUCCUUUUUGGGGUUCUAUGAAGUAUAGUGACUCAUCAGUGAGGUGAAAGUGAAUAUUGGAAAGUUACACUAUCUCUGCAUGCAGUUUUGCAUUUAAGGUUGAGGGGAAAAUUUUAAUGACUUGCCUUCACCUUAUUCCAACUAUGUAGCUCUUCCUCUUUUUGCUGUGAAAGUUCUGGAACUCAUUUACAUGUGGAAAACUGUUAACUUGCCAAUCCUCUUGCUUCUGUAAGCAUGUGUUGGCUGAGAAACAGUCACAGGAACAGAUUUGUCUGUGAAGAUGGCAAGUGUCUGUCUGUAGAAGUGAUUUUCAAGGCAGGCUUUUAUCUUUACUCUCCCAUGUCUAAUCCUGUACUAUGUACUAUACCAAACCAGGGGAGCAGCCCAGAUGCUGGAGUGCAGGGGUGCAAUUCAGGGGAACUGCAGCAGGCUGGAGGAAUUGGCUGAUGGGAACAUUUUUAAGUUCAGCAAAGCCAAGUGUCAAGUCCUGCAUCUGCAGUGGAAUAAUCUCAUGUGGCAGUGCAGGCAGGGUUCAUGCACUAAAUGGAAAGCAGCUUUCCAGAAAAGGACUUGGGGAUAUGGUGGACAGCAAGGUAAACACAAGUCAGUAGGUGCCCUUGUGGAAAGGGACGUGCCUAUAGCAGAACCACAGUGUCCUGUCUAGGCUUUAUUAGCAAAGGGUGGAACAAUCAGGUUUAUGGAAAAGUUUAUUCCCCUUGUGAGAACACUGCUGGAGUACUGUGACCAACUUUGGGCUUCCUAAUGCAAGGCAGAUAUUGAUCCUCUGGUCCAGUGGAGGGAUACCAGAAUGAUGCGGGGGCAAGAGCAUGUGACAUAAAAGAAGAGACAGCUGAGUAGUGUUCAGCCUUGAGACAGCAGUAAAAUCUGCUCUUAGCCUUCUUUCCUUAAGUCUCUUCAAUGGGAGGAUUCAUAGCAAGACUGGUCUUGAAGGUGCAUGGGGACAGGAUGAAUGGCAAUGGACACAAAUUGGAACAUGGGGAAAUUCCAAUUAGAUUUAAGGGGGAGUAAAAAAGAUUCUUUUUGUAUUUUCUACGAUGAAGAUGAUCAAGCAGUAGAACCAGUCACCUAGAGAGGUUAUGGAAUCUCCCUCUUGGGAGAUGCUCAACUUAGUCAGUACACGACCAUCCUGAUAGACCUGCUUUGAGCAGGGAGUUGGACUCUGACCUCCAGAGGUCCUUUCCAGUCUAAACUAUUACAUGAUGUAAUGUGUUACUAGUAUGCAUAUUAAUAAAGUGUAACUUAUUUCAAAACAUACUUUAAUAUAGCAGAGUAAUGGAAGUGUUUUCCAGCAGAUGAUUGAAUCUAGGUUCUCAUUGUGCUACAGUCUAAUCCUGUAGUGCUCACAGUUGUAAAAAUGGGGGGGAAGGGCAAAAAGUCAUCAUACCUUCAUUAUUUAGAAGGUAAUAGGUGUACAGGGCUUUUGCAAGGAGAAAUGUUCUACCAUUACAUAAAGGAUUGUAGAAGAGUAAAAUUAGAACUGGGAUACCUGUGGGAUGAGGAUGUAGUUAAUGAUUGUUUCUUUAAACCUUUUUCCUAGAGAGCAUUAGGUUUUGGUCACUAGCACAUUCAGUAGGCACUCUGAUUCUGCAAGCAGCUUCUUUUACACUUUCUCCUGUGUAUGCCUCAUGGCCAGUUCUUACUGUCAUGCAACACUACUGUUGUCCAAACCCCUUGUGCUGCACAACUGUUUGUGCCUUCAAAGAACUGAUCGAGCUAUAAUAAACAUUGUUUAUUGUGCUUAA